UCAAAUAAAAAUCAAAAUCCACAAAAAUGGCAAUUGAGUCAUUCGCUUUUAAUAUUGCUGAGAAAGUGUUGGAGAAGAUAGCAUCCCAUAGCUACCAAGAGAUAUGUUUUGCAUGGGGCUUGAAAGCAGAACUCAGAAAGCUUGAGGAUAUCUUGUUGACUGUGAAAGCUGUGCUAAUGGAUGCUGAGGAGAAGCAAGGGAAUGACCAUCAACUGCGGUUGUGGUUGGCUAAGCUUAAGGAUGCUCUUUAUGAUGCUGAGGAUGUGCUUGAUGAAUUUGAAUGUGAAGAUCAGAGAAGACGAGUGCUUCAAUUAUAUGGAACCACCAGCAAAAAGGCUAUCUCAAUUUAUGCAUAAGCCAAUGGAAGUUCUCUAGCGAGCUGUGAAGCGUCUUUUCCGUUAUCUUAAUCGGACUUGUAAUCAUGGCCUUUAUAUUUCACACACAGAGGAUACUAGAUUACUAGUUUAUUAUGAUUCUGAUUGGGUAGGAGAUUCAGUUGAUCGGACUUCCACGAAAGACUAUAUUGUGUAUUUGGGUUUGACUCCAAUUAGUUGGUCAUAAAAAAAUAAUACACAACUUCACGUUCUUCAAUAGAGAUGGAAUACCAUGCUAUUGCUAGUUCUCUUGUUGAAUGUAAUUGGCUCACUAAUAUAUUAAAAGAACUUUAUUUUUUGCUAAAAUCUGUACCAAACGAUUGAUUGUGAUAAUAUAAGUGCUACUUAUUUAUGCCAAAAUUAUUUGUUUCACAGUCGAAUGAAGCACAUCGAAGUAGACUUUCACUUUGUGCGGAAUCAAGUUCAAAAUAAAGAAGUUAUUGUGCAACAUCUUCAUUCAACUGAUCAGGUUGCUGAUGUGCUUAUAAAACUGUUGUCACACACCUUGU